UUCAAAAAUUACUGUAACUCAAUGCGGAUUUAGUCCAGAGCAAACCACGCAGGAUUCUUCGCUGUGGGUAUCUACAUAGUACAGUGCAGCAACGGCGAUGGAGAGCGCGGCUGGGAAUCUUCGUUCCAUCAAGGAGAUCAUGGGUAAAUCCAAUGAAGCGAAGCUGCAAUUCGCAUGGUACAGGUCGAUUGUGGCUUGAGCACGGCAUGGGCCGUCUUGACUGCAGAGUUCUUCCACAUCCUCCGCCUUCCUCCUCUUUCUCCCCUCCUCGCCUUUGAUCCUUCUCGCCCCAUCCCCAUCUGCGCGUCGCUGUGGCCACGUCGCCUGCCGUAUUUCCCUCUGUCACGCAGCGUGUGUCCAAUCUCUAGGGCCGCGACUCACCCUCAGCUUAAAAUGACCGCGCAGUCCGUCUCUCUCGCCGCGCUAGAGACCGCCGUCGCUCUUCAUUGUCUUGGGGACGCACGCCGCCAUCAUCUGCUGAGAUGUGUGUCGCUACAGGUCGUUCAGAGAUCCAGCCAGCCCCUCUCACGGUGAAGCUGCUCGCUCGGUACUGUCGUGCGGCCCGGGCGGGUGGCUGUCUCGACAGUAGGCGCAUCCUGUCCUGGGUGGUAUUGGAGGCUAGUGGCGCACGGGAUGUCCUUCACGAUUCCAUCAGGCGACUACCUGUAGCAGCCGUGCUGCGGGCGCUGGCAGCAAGCAGACUGCG